GUUUAGCACAAUGCCUGAAUCAUCAGUGUUCGCUGGUCGAUUGGGCAAACACCGUUGGAAAAACAUAAAUUCAGUGAAUUUUGAUAUUUGGAUUUUUACUGAAUUUUAAUUAGUAGAGAAAACUUUGAGGAUCUCCCCGGAGACAGUCUUGACUCACAUGCUGCCCUCAUACACUAGAUUUACUCAGUUGUUUCGUUUAUUUGCUGAUUGCUAACUGUGACUGUGGCACCCAGUCAUGGAUGGACGCAUACCAAGGUUGUCGCUUAUCUUUGUUCUAUUGGCAGUAGUAGGAUUUAUACUGCUCAUUAGCAACAUUACAUCUCUGGAGGAUUUUAAUGAUCAACUAACAUCCACCUUCUACAAAAUGCAGAGCAGCAUCCACUCAGCCUUUGAGCCUCCCGAUAAUGUGUUGCUGGCGGAGGUAAAUUACACGUACUGUGCACAAUUUGUCCAAAAGCCCACUGCAGAAGAGGCCAUAGAAGAGAGACAUUUGUUCAAUUCCAUUGCAUGGCCAGAUCCACCAGUGAAAGGCCUCCCUGUGGAGUUCAGCAGUAACCCUGCCAAGAGCUACUAUGUGAUUCAAGGUGAACCAGAGCAACACAUAGGUGGUCAGCUUGUGGUUAAUGUCCAUGUGCACAACUUCUUGGGCCUACCUAAGAGGCAUGGAGGAGAUUUCCUGACAGCCAGGCUGCAUUCACCCAAGCUAGGUGCUGGAGUUGUAGGGAAGGUGCAUGACCACAAUGAUGGGAACUAUACAGUGCUGUUCCCACUGCUGUGGGCUGGUGAAGUGCAAGUAGAAAUUACUAUGGUGCAUCCUAGUGAGGCAGUGGUGGUGCUUAAGAGAUUACGAAAGGAGCAAACUCACACAGUGAUUUUUAAAAGCCAGUUCCGCUCUGGUGACCUAUUAGAGACCACUGAGUGUGACAUGUGUCUUCCUCACAACCAGAAACCUCUCUGUAAUUACACUGAUCUUGAAACUGGAGAGCCCUGGUACUGCUACAAACCCAAAAAACUAGGCUGUGACACACGAAUAAAUCAUUAUAAAGGGGGUUAUAGGAAGACCCGGUUUAACAAGUACGAAGCACGUUUUUUCAAGAGGCGUGUAAAUAUCAAAGUGUCUAUACCUGCAGCAAAGAUGGACCAUGUGACUGUAUUACCUGCAGAAAAUAAUCAAACCAAAGUAGAAAGUACUAACAAUGCUGCUGGCUACUACUUUAAAAAUACCUGGAGGUCUCUGAGUGGUGCAGCCAUCCAGCAUUUUACUAGCUCCUCAGCCAUAACAAGUUGUCUUAAAGGGAAGAUUGUGUACAUGCAUGGAGAUUCAACAAUACGCCAGUGGUUUGAGUACCUUGCUAAGUUUGUUCCUAACCUGAAACCGUUUAAUCUUUACAGCCGUAGGAAGGUAGGACCAUUCAUGCUUGUGGAUGACACUAACAAUAUUCUAGUGAAGUUUCGCUGCCAUGGGACACCCAUCCGCUCCCCCCCAGCGUACACCUCUGAACUGCGCUAUGUAGCAAAUGAGAUAGACAGGAUACAGGGUGGGCCAAACACUGUAUAUAUUAUAAGUGUGUGGGCUCACUUCGGCACUUACCCAAUUGAAGCAUAUAUAAGGCGACUACGGCAAAUACGGAAGGCUGUGGUGCGGCUGCUAAACCGUGAGCCAGAUACGUUGGUGGUGAUCCGCACUCCCAACAUGCAGAAGUUUGAUCCAGCACAUAGCCUGUUCUAUAGCAACUGGUUCUGUCUGCAGAUUGAUACUGUGCUGCGUGCCAUGUUCAAAGGACUCAAUGUGAAGUUUCUGGAUGCCUGGGAAAUGACGCUGGCCCACCACCUACCCCAAGACCUACACCCACCCCAACCCAUUAUUAAAAACAUGAUUGAUGUCAUCCUCUCCUAUAUCUGCCCAGCUGGGAAAACAUAAAAUGGUGUACAGAACCUUUGUGUUUAUUAACAUGUUAGUAAUAUAGCUGUGUGAAAUGUGUAAUAGUAAUAAUGGUUCUGCAAAUAACUUUCAAAAGUUGAUAAAACAUGGUAAUGUAAUUUAAAGUCAAACAUUUGAAAGCUGAUCCUACAUUUAAUAUUUCAUUUUUUAUUUACCCUUUUUAUGUUACUGUUCUCUUUUUCAAGGUGACACCAUUCAGGAUCUUAAUAUGGUAUACUUUGAAGUUUCAUAAUAUUAUCCCUUACAUCUGACUGAUGCUUAUAGCUGGGUUUGAAAACUCAUAGAGAACACCAGGAGUGAAGACAAAAGGGGGUUCUUCAGAGUCUCAACAUGUAUGGGUUGUAACAGCAGUGGUCUAAACACAGGAGACAGAGAUUAGUGGAGGUUUUUAGAACGUGGCAGAUUCUCUCUCUAACUAUGGUACUCACUCGUCAGUAUCUUGGUGAGUGAUUCCAGAAAACAGUAGUGAAUUCACACUGGAGCUGAGGUCAGGUGAGUGGGUUCUGAGGAGAUCCAAGAUGGCAAACAGGUGAGUAUUAUACUAUGAUGGCAAAGGGUAUAAACACAGAGGCAGGCAGGCAGACAGGCAGACAGAAUUCAGGUCCUAUAAUUCAGGCAGGGGUCAGAAACAGGUUAUCAGUCAGAACAAGCUUUCAGGUUUAAAUUCGGAUCCAAACCCUAGUCCAUAAACAGUUCCAUGGUAUUCACGGUACUCAAAGCUGGCAGAGAUCAGGCAGAAGACAGGUCAGAAAACGCAAGUUAGCGGGGGUCAGAAGCACACAGGUUUACAGGUCAGGUCCAGGUUUCAGAUUCAGGUUUGCAUUUACUGGUUCAGGUGGCUCAAAGGUGUUGACUCUCUGGCACAAAGCACAAUCUGGCAGAGUAACAGGGCUAGAGUAGCUGCUUAUAUGGGAGAAAGGACAGACAGGUGAAUGUCAUCGGGAAAUUAGUGCAGCAGCAUGAGUAGACAGGUGAGGGAAGUCCAGGAACUGGAGUCCUGGAUCCAGGUGAGGCAGCAGAACUGGAAACUUUGACAAUGACCUCAUCCAAAGGGAGGAUAAAGUACACCAGGGAUGUCCAAACUUAUCCACAAAGGGCUGGUGUGGGUGCAGGUUUUCAUUCCAAUCAAGCAGAAGCCACACAAGGCAACAGCAGCUAUACACUGAAAAAACCUCUUAGAUCAAUAUGUCUGAAUCAGGAUCAGAUUCAGUAAAAUAUGUAAUUUCAACAAAGAGUUAUAAAUAAGUAACGUAAGACUACAUGCUUUAAUGCAACAACAUAAGAGAACCAACUGGUUCAUUAGUCAAACUGUUUAUGCUCGCAUUCUCUGCCCUUAUUUUUUUUUUCUGAUCUCCCAUUACUGUUGGCAUGAGGACAUAAUGUCCUGAGAAGGUUGUUUCAACCUGAUCCAUAUCUGGUUGUUAGUAGCAGCGGGUUUUUUUUUUCAGGACUUUCCAAAUUAUUAUCCAAAUUCUAUGAUCUUUAACACAUGUAAAUGUAAAUAUGAGGAAGUGAACACUGAAAUGUUUGAUUGAAUUUAUUUUGUACUAAUUCACACAUUCUUUUAUGUUUUAUCUCGGUUUUCUCAAAUGAUUAGUAAUUUUCCACCCUCUGCAAACCUGAAAAACUUGAACAUAGCAAUGAAACAAAUAAGAGCAUUAUUUUAACAGUUUUACAGUUUAUUUUCAGCAUAUUGCAACCAAGAUAUCAAUGUAGUCAGCUUUAAAGUUAUCUGGAAGUUGUCAUGUCGUAAAUUUUGUUGCAUCUGACUAGUUCUUUAGGGUUUUAACUAAUUGUUUUUGUAAAUUAAGGAUAACAGAUUAAAGUCCCCAUAAAGACU